GUCUCCCGGGGGACCAGCCGAGCCUGGCGUCUGCCCGCCCCCAGUCCUAGGGCGGCGGCCCCGCGCGGAUCCGGGCGAAGGCUCCCCCGCAGCCCGCGCUUUCCGGCUGCAGCCCCGCAGCGGCCACCUCGCGGCGGUCCGGCCGAGCCCGGCGGAGGGUCUCGCCCCACGAGGAUGAACUGGAUGGCGGCGACGUGCUGGGCCCUGCUGCUGGCCGCCACCCUCCUCGGCGACGGCGGCGAGGCCAAGGGCGGCCGCGGAGGGGCGCGCGGCGGCGCGCGCGGGGGCCGCGGGGGCGCGCGCGGGGUGCCCCGGGGGCGCGUGCGGCCGGCGCCCCGCUACUCGGGGUCCGCCCUCCGCGUGGGCGCCGUGGCGGCGGCGGCGGCGGCGGGGGCGGCGGCCGCGGCCUCGUCGGGCUCGGGCUGGAGGAGGGCCCUGGGGCCCUGGGAGAGUGACCCCGAGGGCGAGGACGCCGCCUCCGGAGGCAACAGGACGGCCGUCUACAGCUACUGGGCAUGGACGUCGGCUGCAGGGCCUACUGCGUGCAGCCUGCACCUCUGCCUGCUGCUUGGCGGGGCCCUCAGCGCCCUGGGGCUGCUGCAGCCCUAGGCAGGGCAGGGCUCGGGGCCAAAUCGGCCCCCCUGCCCGCACCCGCCCCGCAGCCCACGAUCCUAGUGACCAGAAAGGCUGCCUGGGGGAUGCCGGCCAGUCCCAGCAGGAGCUGCAUCCUCUUCCCGGUGACCCGGGUGCCCCCUCCUGCUCACCACCCCGCCCAGGCCCUUCCAGAGGUCCCUCCGCCUCACCUACCAAUGUACUGGUUAGCGUGGUCCCCCAGAAAGGCGGUGUCCAUGGCUCCUGAGCCUCCCGGCCAGCUGCCUCCCACCUCCCAGAGCUGCCUCAGACAGGUGCGAGACCAGGCUGUUCUGGCCACCCCGUCUCCUUGGAGGCCUCCCUGGACACUGGAGGGGUGUGGGCAUGCUGACCACCAGGCAGAGAGGUGCACGGAGGUGUGGUGGCCUCCCCCCAGAAGCCGCCAGGAUGGACCACAGGAACUGAUUUGGAGAGGUUUCUGCUCAGGGACCGAAGCAUGGAGACUGCCAGGUGCUGGCCCUGUGGAUCUGCCCACGCGUGGUUCUGUGCGCGUUCCCGGACACCCCUGCCCCCGGCGCUCUGUGCAGAUGCUCUGUGAGGCCCUCUGCCAGGGACUCCCUUGGAGCCACUGCGCUCUGACUUGGAACAAGUCACUUGAUUCUUCUUGGGACCUACUUUGAAAAAAGCAACGUUCUGUUUAAACACCAGGAUUGUUCCAUUCCCUUUGAACUAAAGGUUCAAAUCCCGGACCCGACACUGCAGCUACCACUCCCACUGCAGGCCACUCCGCCCGGCCUGGCUGGCUGUGUUCCAGGGCAGUGGCCCCCCUCAGCGGGCAGCACCCCCUGGAAGGUGAGGCUGGGAGCUCCAGGCACAUGACCAUGGCAGUACCUGGGGGAAGGCGGAGGUAGCUGGGCCCCAGGACCCAGCAAGCACCCUGGGCGUGAGAGCCUCCCUCAGUAGAAGCUCCCAGAGGCAGACUCCUCCAGCACCAUCUGGGGUGUCUAAAAACUCCAGGCCCCCAGGGCCGAUGUCGAGGAGCUUCUAAGGAAACACAGGGUUUGCCUACGGCACCCACCACCCCUAUGUUUAAGGCCAAUCCUUAGCCUCUGGGGCACCUGGAGCUCAGCCCUGGGGAACAGGGGGGCAGCUUUCCCCGAGUAUCCAGCUCUACCACCACCGCACCCCAAGGCAGGCCAGCUCCAGGCCGGCUCCUGGGACCGCAUCCUCCUGGUGCUCAGCAAGAGCCUCCCAGAAUGCGCCCUCGCCCCCAGACCUCAGGGCCUUUGGUCUCUGUGAUGGACACCAGUGUUGAGCCUGCCCCUCUGCCCUCCCACAGCUGGCUCUGGCCAGGGGCCGGGGAGAAGCGUCUCUAGGCUUUCGGCAGGACUCAAGUUUUUCCGGAUCAAGUUUUUCUCCAAAACACGAAGCUGCAGGAUGAAGCCUCGGCAGCCUCCUGUGCACACUGCCAGCAUUCUUGGGGUGCAGCGAGCGCAGAUGCUCCUCUAUCCAUUCCAGACCAAGCUGGAUGCUGCCAAAGCCGUGAGCCGUGGCUGAGCCCGCCCGGGCCUCUGAGGCAGUGUGGCCGUCCUGCCGUUUAUCCACAGGGAGCAGGAUCAUCCUGCACAGGCCGAGCUGUUCUCCCCAAGGGCCCCCAGGGGGGCCCAGCGUGGCUGCGCUCAGCCACUCAAUGCCACCCGGACAGGCUGUGUGGCGCAAUGGGAGCCAUCCGCUCGCUCUGGAAUCCAGAUGCCAGAUUCCAGUCAAGAGCUCAUUUCAUCCCCGACCCUGAACCCUGGGAGUGUGUCUGGCGUUUGGUACGGCCCUGAAUCUUUUAGUCCUGCCCCCCCUACCAUAUCCCCCCACACACACUCACACAAGCUCAGGGUUCCCGCAGGAGACAGAGGGUGCUCAGGGCGGAUCAUCGCAGGGGGGUUAGCCAGGGUUUGUGGUGUGUGGGAAACCCACGUGGGUAGUGGGACCUGGGUGGAGGGUAGGGGGACCCCACAUAGUGGGAAUUAGAAGGGAACCCACAUGGGCAGUGAGACCUACAGGAAGAGGCCCCUGGCAGCUCCAGGGAGGCCAGGCCUCCAGGAGAGCAGCCAGGGCUACUGGCCAAGGCACCUGCUCCCCCAGCCCACCAUCCCUCCUGUCCUUUUCCCACCCAUGGACCCUUCAGGUGCGAUGACAGGUGCUGAGAGGCACUUGGGAAGUUGACUGUCCAUCAGCUAGAAGGUGCUCAGAGCAGUGGGAGCCCUAGGUACCCGCUGCCCAUACGGAGACCCUCCCAGCCAGUACACAUUCCCGAGGGGACAGGCCAGGCCUUGGGUGCUGCCACGAGUACUGGAACCUUCUGUCCCCAUUUGUGUGCACAUUCCAGCAGCGCUGUGAAAUAAACACUGUGCUGGCA